CCUUCUCAUCCCUACUGAAUUUGACGUAUCCACAUACACGUGAAUUUAUUUGUAAACAUUGACUGACCCACAAGGCAACGCAAGGAACAGAUAUACAAAUGGCCCUGCUCGGAUUAAAGAAAAAACAGCCCAAAGAGCAUGUUACAGAUUCCGAAGCUAGCCAGGAAGAUAAUUCCACCUCGGAUGAGGCAUCAUCAUCAGAUGGGGAAACUCAACAGGCCGGUAACAGCGGUUGGGCCGAUUCCAUAGCUAAAGUUCUUAGUACUUCAAAGCCAAAAACGAAAAAGACCCUAGUACUAUCCCGAGCAAAGAAAAUCAAACCCGAGGAUAAGGCAAAAGUCAAAGAAGAUUAUGGUUUUGAAAUUGAAGGUGAAAUAAAGAAAGAAGAAAUCAAAAAAGAAAAAGAGGAACCAGAAGAUGUUAAACCGCCUAAAAAUCAAAAACUCGAACUACGUGUCAAACCAUCUUGGAAGGAUAUAGAACGUGAAAGAGCCUUGCGAAAAGUGGCCACCAAGGGUGUUGUUCAACUAUUCAAUGCGGUACGCAUGCAGCAAAGAGAUUUGGAACAUCAGUUGGAAGAAGCUGGGCCAUUGGAUAGUCGGCGGGAAGCUGUAUUGAAAAAUAUUGACAAACGUAAAUUUUUAGAUGUGUUAAUGGGAGGCAAACGGGCCAAAUCCGAAGCUGUCGACAAUCCCGUCAAGAAUGAACUCAAAAAUGAAGACGAGAGCAGCGACGAGGAGUAUGACAAUAAGAAAAAGAAAUCCGAAUGGAGUGUGCUGCAAGAUGAUUUUAUGACUAACAAAAAGAAUAAGCAUUGGGAUGAAGAAGACGAGGAUGAAGACGAUGGAAAUAACUCCAUUGAAAGUGAUGAUGAUUAAUGUUAAGAAUCCGUUUUUUUAUAGUAGCUUCUUAUUUAAUAAUAUUUACAAAUAUAUGUGUUUACAAAUUAGUUUUGUAGCAAACUGGAA